AUGUCCGACAGCGACAGUGACAGCGACCAUAGCAGCUGGCAGCAGGUCCGCCACUACAAGGACCACCUGGGCCAUCCUGUUGUCCUCGAAGAAUACGUGAGGCCUGGCAAUCCACCAGCACCGUGCCACUUAGUCCCUAUCCAGGUUUACAGCCUAGUGCCUCUGGAUCCAGAUCAUGAAAAGGUCCGCGACUAUCUCCUGGGCGCCUUCUGGAAUGACGAAGUUAUGCCGCUAUUCGAGAUAUACUCGUACUGCCCGCCUGAUGCCUUUGCCUGCAUCGACCACAACCGUCGCGAGAUUGCCUUUCGCAAGCAGCAGCACCGGUCGGGCGUUGAAAACGCCCCCGGGCUGAUCCCCCAGUUCUUCAGGCACCGUUGGAACAACGAACCUCCCAUUGGGCGCUGUGUCCUUUUACGUUCCCAUUGCUACCGUCUAGAUGAAGACGAUGAUGGCGCCUCUGCCGGGGGACCAGAUGCGCUGGAGUUCACACGUACCUUUUCCGCCACGCGCAGAGAUGCCGAUGAUGCACCCGAUGAUGCACAAAUUCCAUCCUACCCUCCAGAUGAACGCUUUUUGGAACGGUUUGAGCUGUCGGUGAGCCGCAUCACGUCACGGGAAGAUGUCGAUCAGGUGGUUGUUCUUGACAUGUUCCUCAAUUCUCACCCUCGUGGGGAGCUGUAUUUUGGCCUGGAUGUUGACGAGGGUAACCCCCCGGACCAAGCUCCCCCGUCCGAGAAGCAGAUCCGGGAUCAGCUAUCCCAGCAGACUGCAGUUGGCGGAUUCACUCUGCCUUCCUUGGCUGAGGUCACUCAAGAUGGCGGCAUCGUGACGGUGUCAGACACGCCGAAGGGGGCUCAGCCUGACAUGCAGUAUCUGAUCUGUGCCCCUUUUCUCAGCCACCUCGAUGCAACCACUGCGACUCCUCUUCUGGAAAGCACAGCACGCCUGUUCUGCUCUGCCCUGCAAUUCCAUCUUCCUUCGCCGAAAACUAUGGAUCUUGAAUUCUCUAUUCCAGAGUCACAUUCCAACCCUUGGUCGGGCAUACGCGCUGCCCACGACGCCGUUCGCGCCUCUCGUACCACCGAGUUUGCUCCCGGCGCUCUGCAUAAAUUCGCGGCAAACGACGGUGAUAUAGCUGCCCUUCACAGGGUUAGCCCUCAGAAUGAGCUUGACUCCCUUGCGGGCGCUCAAAACGUCCUCACCUUCCCCUGUGGCGUGUUUGCUGUCGUACUGGAUAGGGCAAACUUUGUAAGCGAGGCCGGGGUAUAUUUUUAUGUUGCUGAUUUUGGUGACGAUGAGGAUUCGGAAGAAGAGAAUCUUUCUGACGAUACUAAGGUCUGGCGCUGCAUUGGCAUGGCUGAGGCGGCCAGGCGGUUGGCGAUGUUGGCUGUCGAAGAGGCGCUCACAAGCUGA